AUGGGGCGGCGGUCGCGGGGCCGGCGGCUCCAGCAGCAGCUGCAGCAGCAGCAGCAACCCGGGAGCACGGAGGACGGCACCGAGGACGGCAGGAAGCGCAGUGGGGCGGGCUGGGAAGGCAGGUACCCCGAGAUCGUCAAGGAGAACAGACUGUUCGAGCACUACUAUCAGGAGCUCAAGAUCGUGCCCGCAGGCGAGUGGGACCAGUUCAUGGAGGCUCUCAGGGAGCCUCUCCCGGCCACUUUAAGAAUUACGGGUUACAAAAGCCAUGCAAAAGAGAGGCUCCAUUGCUUAAAGAACAAGUAUUUCAAGGAACUGGAGGACCUGGAGGUGGACGGGCAGAAAGUUGAAGUUCCGCAGCCCCUGAGCUGGUAUCCUGAAGAACUUGCCUGGCACACAAACUUAAGUCGAAAAAUCUUGAGAAAGUCUUCACAAUUGGAAAAGUUUCACCAGUUUCCGGUUAGCAAAACUGAAUCUGGAAACAUCAGUCAUCAAGAAGCCGUUAGCAUGAUUCCACCACUGUUGCUUAAUGCUCAACCUCACCAGAAGAUUUUAGAUACGUGCGCAGCACCUGGAUCAAAGACCACAGAGCUAAUCGAAAUGCUGCAUGCCGACAUGAGCGUACCUUUCCCAGAGGGGUUUGUCAUCGCGAAUGACGUGGACGACAAGCGCUGUUACCUGCUUGUGCAUCAGGCCAAGCGGCUGAGCAGUCCCUGCAUCAUGGUGGUCAACCACGAUGCGUCCUGCAUCCCUCGCCUCCAGAUGGUUGUGAACGGGAAGAAGGAGAUUGUCUUCUAUGACCGCAUGUUAUGUGACGUCCCUUGCAGUGGAGAUGGCACUAUGAGAAAAAACAUUGACGUCUGGAAAAAGUGGAGCACCUUAAACAGCUUGAAGCUGUAUGGUUUACAGCUGCAGAUUGCAACUCGGGGCGCUGAACAGCUAGUGAAAGGCAGCAGGAUGGUGUAUUCUACGUGUUCACUAAACCCCACUGAAGAUGAAGCAGUCAUAGCAUCUCUACUGGAAAAGAGUGAAGGUGCCUUGGAACUUGCUGAUGUGUCCUCUGAGUUGCCAGGACUAAAGUGGAUUCCUGGACUCACACAGUGGAAGGUGAUGAUGAAGGAUGGGCAGUGGUUUGCAGCGUGCGAUGAUGUUUCGCACAGCAGACACACCCAAAUUUGACCUACCAUGUUCCCCCCAAAGGACCCCGAGAAGUCACAGGCGAUGCACCUAGAGCAGUGUCUUAGGAUAUCACCACAUCAUCAAAACACU